AAAAGCUCCCGCUUUUUAGGUGGCGCCAUUUUCGGUCACGCGACACAACCUGAAACUUUUUCAUCGUUUUACGCCCAAUUGUAGACGUGGGAAAUAUCUUAAAAAAAUUCGCUGAAUUAUAUAUUUAUCUUUGUUUGUGUAACUUUAAGUACUGUUCCUCGAAUUUUUCCAACCACCCGAGUAGAAUAAAAGUCAUAACAAUAAGUUCGAGAUCCAUCUUGGCUGCAUAUGUCACCGAAAGCAUCGUCGCCACGUCUCGUCAACGCAACGCAUCAUCGUCUUCAUUUGAGGUUCAUGGAGUACCACGAAGUAUAAAGAAAGUUUUGAGUCAGAGCAGCGCGAUUUGUUGAUGCAGUAGUGCUGCUGGCACUGGUUGAGCUUCGGGUCGUGGACCACCACACAUACAUCGUUAUACAAAAGCCUCGCCGUAUCUAUCUAGUUCGUCUCUCUUGAGUUUUAGUUGAGGAGACUCGAAUUUUUGGAGAACGGAGUCUGGAUAAAGUAUAUUAAGAAGAAAUUAGGCGCCAUCUGCAUAUCACUUGGCUAUGAAGUCAUAAUGUGUUUACAAAUUACUAACAUAGAGAGAUAGAUUUGAAAGAAAUUUUGUCUCAUAAGAAAAGCAAUGGACGAUCUGUUAUGAGAAGUACAUAUUAUAAACAUAAGAAAACUACUUUGUUGUUUUGAUAUUGCCAAAAGUAAACAAGUUUUUUAUAAAAAAACAAUAAUCAGAUAUUACAAAAAAAAUGUCUGAAAACAAAUGUAAAGAUGGAAAAUCUGCAAAAUUCUCCUCUCCAAGUAAAGUAAAGAAGAAAGCCAUUAUGUCACCAAAAAAAGAAAAUUCACCAAAAUUAUUUAAAUUUCAAAGUAUUAAAGAUGAAUUGACGAUAGAAGCAAAUCAAGAAAUUAGCAAUCAUGAUAUUUUUAAAAGUGAAUUGAUUCAAAGUGCUGAAGAGCAAUCUGAUAAUCAUAUUAUGGAUUCUAAAAUGUCAAAUGAUCUAGAAUAUAUUGGUUUAGAAAUUAAAAAUUUAAAUGAUCUAAAAAAAGUUACUCCUCAAAUUAAAUUGUCAUCAUCAAAAAUGUCAUCGCCUUCUACUUUAUCGUCAUCGUACAUAUUGAAUGAUUCACAAAAUAAACUACAUAAUUAUUGCAGAACAUGUGCUGAAUUAAAAUUUCCUUUGAUAGAUAUAUUUAGUGACGAAGGAACAGAAAUGCAGCUAAACGAACAAUUGCAAUAUUUUGAAGAAGUUGAUGAAUUUAGUUUAUCUACAAAAAUGUGUAUCGAAUGUAUCAAGAAUUUGGAAACAAGCUAUAAGUUUUUGAUGCAAAUCAAAAAUGCAGAAGUAAAACUUCAAUCUAUAUGGGACUCUUGUCCAGAAUCUCAAGUUAAUGAUUUGGAAGAAGAUUAUUCAGAGCAUUACCUAAAUGAAGAAAAUGAGAGCUCCGAAUCUUUUUUUGACCAAACUGAAACAUUUGAAGAAUCAAAUGAAAAUAUUUCAUAUGAUGAAUGUGAACCAGAUGAUUCAAACGAUAUUGAUCAAAGUUUACAGUCAAAUUAUGAUAACAGUGAAACUGAAAAUUGUGAGUAUAACUUUGAUGAAAGUCAAAGAACAGAUGACAAUGAAACUAACAUAAAGAAUGAAUCUGAAAAAAUAUUUAAUAAUGAAAAAAGCAGCCCUAUGAAAAAUUCAAUUCCACCUUCACAAAUAUUUAGCGAUGUAAAAAAAAAUGUAGAAAAAGAUGUGAGCUUUGCCAAUGCAGAUAAUGGCAACGAAAAAAAUAAAUUAAUAUUAGCUUUAAAAGAAAUGAAAAUUCCAAAAUUGAACUUUGAUGACGUGAUCAAUGUAGAGGAGGGUGAAAACGGAAUAAUGUAUGUCACUACUAAAGGAUCGAAACCUAAUGAGCUGCUUCUGUUGAAAGUUAAAAAAAUGGAAAAGUUGACUAAAAAGGACGAAAAGGGAAAAAAGUCCUCUAAAACUCAUUCACAAAAUAAAGCACAGCAUCUAAGACCUUCAAAUUUAUCAGAAAAUAAUAUCGACGAUGAAAUCGAGAAGUAUAAAAGAAAACGCGUUGAAAUUUUAGGAGAAGGUGCCGAUAUGAUCGUCGAAGAGGAACCCAGUGAAGUCAUAGACAACCGAGGUUUCGCCGGUAACUUGGGUGAUACCGGAUGUACAGAGAACACGAAAACCAUCAAAGAAGAACUCGAAGAUGCAGACGAUCCGCUUUUUCAAGCCGCGAGUACAUCCACAAGUUCAUCCGCGAGUACGAUCGCGGUAUCAAAAAGUUCGAGCUCUAUGGACGAGUUACGCGAAAGGUACAACGCAAUUAGAAAGCAGAACGACUUUUUCGAGAGAGAAUUAUCGACCGAAUUCAAGGACAGAUUGAAGAGAAUACUUCGACAGAAAAACGAAUACAUCGAGGACUUCGUGAAGUACUUGAAUCAACGAAAAAUCGUGGCGUCGAGAUUGAAAACGGAAGACAUCAUACUGUUGUACGAGAAGAAGAACAACGUGAAAAUCGACAGAUCGGCGAUCGAGGACGAAGGCCCCCCGGAGGAAGUCGCGGAGGAAAAAUUGAACGAGGACAAGGAGGCGUACGACUGCGACUUCUGCUUCAGAUUCUUCUACUCCGUGGACAUGCUGCAGGAGCACGCGAAGAUCCACGACGUGCGCAUCCAGUACCUGUGCAGCGACUGCGGCGUCGAGUUCUCCACGGGCAAGGCGCGCCGCGAGCACAACGCCACCUGCGUGCAGAAGCUCAUCUGCAAGGGCUGCGGCGAGCUGCAGGAGUCCAAGGGCAAGAAGCGCCAGCACGAGCAGAAGCACUGCGACGAGAGCUACGGCCAGCUGUGCGACACCUGCGGCGAGAAGUUCAAGCACCAGGGCACCCUCGACCAGCACAUCAAGGUGAAGCACAUGGAUCUGGGCAAGGUGCACAAGUGCCCCGAGUGCUCCAAGGAGUUCACCUUCAAGACCAAGAUGACGUUCCACAUGAAGACGGUGCACACGACGGUGCGCGCCUUCCUCUGCGAGGACUGCGGCAAGGACUUCAAGAAUCCGGCCAGUCUGCGCCAUCACAAGGUGCGCAAGCACCUCGAGCCCAACAGCCGCAAGGAGUGCAAGAUCUGCAAGAAGAUGAUACCGGCCUACGGCAUGUCCAAGCACAUGCACACCCACAAGGCAUACACGAUCGCCUGUCCGCGCUGCGACAAGAUGUUCAAGAACACCUCGACCCUGAAGCAGCACCUGCGCAUCCACGAGGACCAGCGACCGUACAAGUGCAACGAGUGCGGCGUGGGCUUCAACAGGCGCGACGGCCUCAGGCUGCACAUGCGCGUCCACCAGAAGAGCAACUCGCGCGGUCUGCGCGAGUGCAUCUGCCAGGUCUGCGGCGAGAAGUUCCCCAAUCACUCGACCCUCGUCAUACAUCGCAAUCGCACGCACAAGGACGGCCGCACGUUCACCUGCCACCUGUGCAAUCGCUCGAUGAUCUCGCAGCGCUCGCUCGACUGGCAUCUGUCCAGCAUUCACAACGAGGUGCUGCCCGAGCGACCGGAGAAGGAGGAAUCGGCGGUGGACACCGAGACGAAGCGCGUCGCCUGCCUCAAGUGCAACAAGACCUUCAAGACCGAGACGAUACUGCGCACCCACGUGAAGAACAGCCACACGGAGAAGAAGCCGCAAAAGUGCCUGGACUGCGACGAGAUCUUCACCUCGGACGUGCGCCUCAGGCACCACAUGAUGGUCCAGCACGAGCGCCUCGAGGGCACCCAGAAGUGUCCCUUCUGCCCCAAGCGCUUCGUCAAUCAGCUUCGAUUAAAGACCCACAUGAUCGCGCACUCGGAGGAGCGUCCCUUCGCCUGCGACCAGUGCGACUUCAUGCUCAAGACGCGCAUACAGCUGAUCAAGCACAAGCAGAAUCGGCACAGCGACGAGAGGCCGCUCCAGUGCCACUACUGCAGCUGGCGGUGCAAGCAGGUUAGCGCCCUGGUCUGUCACGAGCGCACUCACACGAACGAGCGCCCCUACAGCUGCAGCGUCUGCAAGCAGCGCUUCAAGUAUCUCGGCGACAAGAACAAGCACGAGCGUAGGCACGAGAGCCUCGGCGGUAGCGGCUUCAAGCGCAUCGCCAUCGGCAAGAGCGGCACCGGCGGCGGCAGCGGCGAGAAGACCGAGGACCAGAGUGGCUUCGAUUCGGACGCGGAUGCGGCGGAGACGCACGACGAGAAGCAGGACGGCACCGUUUAUAAUUUGAACGACGAGAUCGACACCUUCGACGAGUCCAGGAUCAUCAAAUUCGAGACUGGCGAAAUUGUGGCCGAGUCCGAGGCAACGUUUGAGCCUAUGUACGUCGAGGAAGCUGAACAUGACAAUAACCAUGGCACGGUCGUAGUUGGCUUCGAAGACGCCACAGUUUACACGGAAGAAGUUAGUACAGUACCCAUGGAAACAGAGAUAAUAACGAACGAUAUGAUAGAUCAGCAGAUUUUGCAACCAGGCACAGUCGUCCAUCUUCAACAGCAGGACAGCAAUGGAAAGAUCCAGGUCAUUCCCGUCAUGCUGUCCUUGCCAGAUCUAGGCGAUCCCGGGGAAGUCAGUUUAACUGCCACGUCCAUCAUGUACAAAGAAUAAUUAGUUUUAAUGUAAAUUUUUUUUUAAUGAAGCCGUCUUUUAGCGUUUCUAAGAAUUUCGGUGGAAGAGUCAGUUUAACAAAGGCAUGUCCUAGAAAGUAUUAAUGUGGCUUUUUGGGAAGACACUUAUCACUUCGAGGGUGAUAGUGUAAUUAUUUACGAAUAAAGUUAGAAUAACUUUUUUUACUUGCAGAUGAAUAAUCAAGUGUAAGAUUUACGAUAUCUUUGUAAGGUAUGAGUCGAAAGAAUAGCUUUUUGAAAAGUAGUUUAAACAAAACUACUAUUGUGUCAUUUUUACUGCGUAAUCAUUAUAUAUAAUAUAAUAUAUAAUACAAAAACAAAAUCAGCAGUUGAUAUUCAUGUUGGCAGGGCGAGUGGUCAGUUCAAUUUUCGAUUUCAGAACAUUGAACUUGCUACUGCACUACAAAUAUUACGCUACGUAACGAAAGAAUUUGAUAUUCUUUCCUACAUUAUGUACUAUAAAAAAAUGCGGUCGGGUAAUUCAUUUUAAAUGAGUGUGAAUGACUGAAUGGAUGAGUGAUAAACAGUAUUGUUUCACAUUUUCAUAGAGUACUCUUAAUUAUGGACGAUUGUAAAUGGUUUUUCUCUUUUUCUAGAAAUACGGAGACUAAGAUUAAAACUGUAAUUAAAAAAUUUCAAUUAUUUGUUCAAACCAUCUGCAUCAAGUGGUAAUCUGUUGUAAACGUAAAUUGUGAACUUACGGUAUAAUUUUUUGAGAGUACCAUUAAAUUUUCAAACCAAUCAGUGAAAUGUUACUGUAGUUAUAAUGCAAUAUCUUUAGGUUGCUAUCUACAUAAUGUUAAAUAAUUAUUAAAAAUAUAUAUAAAAAUAUUUAUGAGUUGAUAAAUAUAAAAGAGCUUAAUAAAUCAGAGUUUCGUUUGAAGCCAAAACAAAUUAUUUACUUUGAGAGUGUGCAA